AUGAUAAAAUAUUCCGAGUCUCGUCUCUUGGAGAAAAUUGAUAUUUGUGAUCAUAGCAAUGAGAUGAGGGUAAAUUCUCAGAAAUCUACUUUUGAAGGUGACUUGAAAGAAUUAAAACUGGUGGCAAAGGAAUAUCAUGUCUUAUUUGUUCAAGAUGUGAAGAAGGUGAGAAAAGAUGUGAAUUUUAAGCCUCAAGAGCUUCGACAAGACGUGGAGAAAGAGAUUGCAGUUGUUCACACUAAAUUUGCAUCUCUUCAACAGAAGGUGGAUAUAAUCUGUGAUGCAUUUAUCAAAUUUUCCAAGUUGUAUGAAAGUCUGAGUGCUCAAAUUGCUCAACUUUCUACAACAGAGAACAAGAAUUUUUAUGAAGUUUUUACACUGUUAGCUUUGUCUUCUCCUCUAUCUUCCGAAGAUUUUAUCUAG